AUGUACGCCCUCCAACGUUUACUCUACGGGUUCCCUGAACCUGUUCCGCACGAACGCAGUAAGCCCGUCGAGGUGCUUUGCUUGGGCUUACCACGCACCGGAACCGAGUCAUUGAGUGUGGCCUUGCGAACUCUGGGUCUACAAACAUACCAUGGCUGGGACCUGGUCUUCGAGCCAGAUGGCAGCAAGUUGCAACACUGUACUGAGCUAGUGCGGCGGAAAUACAACGGUGCUCGGGAUGGCGACGUGCAGAUUACCAGCGCGGAGUUUGAUAUUCUCAUCGGGGAUAGCCAGGCUGUCGUUGACUCCUUAUGCAUUUUAUUUGCUCCCGAGCUGCUCGCCGCCUACCCAGAUGCCAAGGUGGUUCUCAAUCUGCGUCCCGAUAUGGACGCCUGGUACCGCAGCAUCAACAAAACCAUCGUCCAAGGGAUUGAUCAAUCAUGGACGGUAUGGGCGAUGCAGUGGUUCUCCCCGGAGCUUCAUUGGCUGUGCAGUCUUUACUUAAGAGAUGGAUAUCCAGGCAUAUUUCACAGCACUACCACCAAAGACGGUAUCGAGCGCAACGCCAAGUGGGUGUACCGCGACCACUGUAACAUGGUUCGGGGCAUGGUGCCUAAGGAUAAUUUGCUUGAGUGGUCGGUCGAAGAUGGCUGGGAGCCGCUUUGCAAGUUUCUCGGCAAGCCUGUUCCCGACGAGCCCUUCCCCCGGACCAAUACCCCGGGUAGUUACACCGAGCGCGCAAAUAAGCUACUCAAAAAGCGCUUCCUUCGAUGCCUGCGCAACUUCACUCUCACCGCCGUGACUUUGGGCGGUAUUACUAGUGCCAUUGUGAUGUGGUGGCAGGGACGGAUCCCAGAGAUAAGGAGGCUGCACGCUCUUCUCGGUGGAUUCAAUAACAUGAAAUAG